UGUUCCCUCUCUCUCCACACCUUUGCAAUCAAGCUUCUGAACACGACCACCAAGAAUCACCAAGCUACGACAGACAGCUCACUCCAAUCAACCACCCACCAUGGACUUCCUCAAGAACGCGGCAGGCUCCCUCGGCGGCGGAAACAACAACAACAACAACAACCAGCAGCAGGGUCAGCAGGGUCAGCAAGGUGGAAACCCAGAGCAACAGCAGCAAGGCAGCAGCAGCGGAGGCGGCGGCUUCCUCGACGGCAUCAUGAACAAGGCCCACGGCGCAGCUGGCGGAGGUCCAGAGAGCGAGAAGAACGAGGACUACCUGGACAAGGGCAUCGACUACGUCCAAGAGAAGUUCAUGGGUCAAGGCGCGCAGAACAACGAGAGCGCCGUCGAGCAGGCCAAGGACGAGCAGAUCUCCGACUUCAUUCGCGGCCAGUACAAGAGUACGACGGGCAAGGAUAUGCCGAUUAAGGAUAAGCCUACUGCUCUCGAUAGGAAUGUCGAUUAGAUGGGGGUCACCAUCAGGCAUUCUGAGUGCAUGAGAGCCUCUGGGCUGGCUGGCUUGCCGUUGGGCAUAAAUGUGCAGCAGAGAGUCCUCUACGAAACACGACCGCUCGCCCCUGCAGAGUGGAUGUCACGACAGAGACGACAGUGCAAAAGAAAAGCUAUGAGCACCCUACGUAUUGAGGACAGUCAUACGUAGAUGAGAAAUGAACAUGGUGCGAUCAAUUGAUGAUA